UAUAAUACAGACACCUGUUCUGUCAAUACUUUCCCAACAGAUGAAUCUUCCAGUUCUGCCCUCCAUACUGCUGGUCAUAUCCACUGUGCAUGCCUUCCAGUAUACGGAGCUUGCGCAGUACAUCGACAGCCAUCAAGAGGAAUACGUGGAGGCUCUGCGGGACUGGGUUGCAAUCGAAAGCGACUCCAGCAACGUCGUGAAGAGACCAGACCUGCACCGCAUGAUGGAGGUGGUGGCUCAGAAGCUGAGGCUCAUGGGAGGGACAGUUGAGCUGGUGGACAUCGGAGAGCAAGAACUUCCUGAUGGGCAAAAGUUAGCGUUGCCUAAAGUGGUGACAGCUCUGUUUGGCAGCGAUCCAAGCAAACACACGGUGUGCGUCUACGGCCAUGUGGACGUCCAGCCGGCGAAGCUUGAGGAUGGCUGGGUGACGGAUCCCUACAACCUGACCGACAUCAAUGGUAACCUGUAUGGAAGAGGAGCGUCAGACAACAAGGCCCCAGUUUUAGCCUGGAUCCAUGCUGUGGGGGCGUACCAGGCCCUCAGUAUGGAGCUGCCGGUAAAUGUGAAGUUUGUCAUCGAGGGCAUGGAGGAGACAGGCUCUAACGGCCUGGACGCCAUGAUCCUGGCGCAGAGAGACACCUUCUUCUCGGACGUGGAUUACAUCAUCAUCUCAGACUGCGGCUGGCUCAGCAGACGGCCCGCCCUCACCUACGGCACCAGGGGCAACUGCUACUUCUUUGCUGAGGUUAAAGGACCUAAACAGGACUUACAUUCGGGUAUUUACGGAGGCACUGUGAUUGAACCGAUGACUGACCUUAUAGGCAUUCUUGACACACUGAUCAGCCCCAGUGGUAAGAUCCUGAUUCCAGGUAUCAGGGAGGCCGUGGCUCCCCUCUCUGAUGAGGAAUGGAGAAUGUAUCAGGACAUCGAAUUCGACUUGGACAACUACAAGACCAAGAUCGGGGUCAGCCAGCUCAUGUACACCAAUAAGGUGGACUUGUUGGCCCACAGGUGGCGCUACCCCACCGUCACCAUCCAUGGCAUCGAGGGGGCCUUCUCCGACCCUGGCACAAAGACCGUCAUCCCUGCGAAGGUUACCGCUAAGUUCUCCAUUAGACAAGUUCCCAACAUGGAACCCGCUACGGUCAAGAAACAGGUAACGGAUUACCUUCACUCAGUGUUUGCCAAGCGAAAGAGUCCCAAUAAGCUGAAAGUCACAAUGGUGAUUGGGGCCAAGCCUUGGCUGGCUAACACGCAGCAUCCUCUCUAUGAGGCCGGGAAGCUUGCUGUAAAGAGAGUUUUUGACAUGGACCCUGAUCUGAUACGUGAGGGUGGGACCAUUCCUAUCGCCAGAACCUUCCAGGAUGUGACGGGGAAAAGCAUCAUCAUGAUGCCCAUUGGAGGCUUUGACGACGGACUGCACUCACAGAAUGAGAAAAUGAGCAGGUACAACUAUAUUGAGGGAACCAAGUUAUUCAUCUCCUACCUGAAUGAAGUAUCCCAAAUUAAGAAGACCAGCGUGUAAUGUUUCAUUUCAUAAUUAAAUGAAGCCCUAAAACAUUCCAGCUAUAUGUGAGCUCUCGGUGACACAAUAUUUUAGAAUAUUUUCACUGUGCUUUUAUCUGUCUUUCAUCCAUUUUUCUGUGUUGCCGAGCUUUUAUUUAUCUGCAUCUGUAAACGAUAUCUAUCCAUCUAGUUAGUAAAAGCUGUACAAUGC